UCAAGAGGCACACAGAGUGGCACUCGGAAGGUUUUCCCAAAUGUUUCGACUGUGGCACUGCAGUAACACUCGUUUUAAGCUGUUUGUUUUACCUUGUAGAAACAUGUCAACAGAGUCCGCUCAGUCAGGUGAGGCGGCGGGGGACGUUGGAAAGUGCGUUAACAGGUCGAUUCACUCUGACAGCGUCGAGGAGGUUCACAACGUCCCUAUGGACGUCAUCAUCAGACCGAUCCCUCCUGUGCUGGAUGAACUGAAAGUUCAGAGUCUGAUGAACACAAUAAAGGAGACCGCGGACAUCACCGUUGUUCCUCCCAUUGAUGUGCUCUGGAUUAAAGGCAGAGAGGGGGGAAAUUACUUCUAUUCUUUUGGAGGCUGUCACCGGUUUGCCGCCUAUCAGAGGUUAAACAUGCCAACGAUCCCAGCCAAGCUCAUCAAGUCAAACAUCACAGACCUCACCACGUACCUGGGGGCUUCCACACCUGAUCUGCGAUGACGCUGGAGCAGAUUGGAGCUUAUUUUAAGAGACUUGUUACAGGUCCAACUGCUGAGAAGCAUCCCCACAGUAUGAUGAUGCCGCCACUGUACUUCACAGUGGGGAUGGUGUGUUUGUGGCGAUUUUGCAGUGGUUGAUGUCCACCAAACACAGUGUCAUCUGAUAGCUGAAAAGCACCAUUUUGGUCUCAUCAGACCAAAGAACUUUCUUCCACUUGACCAUGGAGUCUCCCGUAUGCCUCAUGGUGAACUCAAAAUUUAAUCUGAGUUUUCUUCGGCUGUGGCUUUCUCUUUGGCACUCUCUAUAAAGCUUUGACUGGUGAAGAACCCAGGCAACAGUUGUAUGCAGAGCUUGUAACUCCUUCAGAGUAGUCAUAUGUGUCUCCGUGGCCUUGCUCACUAGUUUUCUUCUUGUGAGGUCACUCAGUGAGGACGGUCUGAUCUAGGCGGAUUUACACAUGUGCUAUAUUCCUUCCAUUUCCUGAUGAUGGAUUUGACUGAACUCUGGGGAUGUUCAGUAACUUGGAAUUUUUUUGCAUCCAUCCACUGACUUAUACUUUUCAAUAACCUUUUCUCUGAGUUGUUUGGGGUGUUCUUUUGCCUUCAUGGUAAUGGUUGCCAGGUAUACUGAUCAGCCAGUAGACUCAGGUGUCUAUAUACUAUUAUUACUUAGGACACAGUCACUGCACUCAGAUGAUCCCCAUUUCACUAGUUGUGGGACUACUAGCACCGAUUGUCUGGACCACUUUAAAGGGGAUGAAUAUUUAUGAAGUCACUUGUUUUGAUUUAUUGGCAUUGCUUGUAGAAAUCUGUUUUCAUUUUGAUAUUAGAGAGGUUUUUUUUGUCAAAAACACCAAAUGAUAUUGACCAUAAUUGAUUUAUAAAAUCACUUAAAGAGUAAAACAUCAAAGGGAGUGAAUACUUCUUGUUGAUAAAUUUACCCAAAAAUACCCAAUACAUCCCUGGAAUGUCUCAUUUUCAACUGAAUAUCCCUUUAUUCAAAAUAAACUUGUUUUGUCGAACAAUUAAAGUAAAAAAAAAAAAAAAGACAUGUUUAAACAGCUUCAUUUGUCAUUUUUAGCAUUGUUAAUAAUCAGGUCUGCUGGCUUUAGAGAUGGUAAGACCUCAGGGGGAUAAUUUAGCUGAAAUAUAGGAAAUUUCCCUGAAUUAUGAACACUAAAAAGCAGCUAGAAAAUGACCUUAGAGAACAUUAGCAGCGCAUCUGCUCACAGGCCCUGAGGCCCUGCACAUGAGGGUUAGAGAGACAUUGAUUUUUAUUUUUGGAUAAAUUGUCUCCUGGUAAAAUCCUUGGCAAAGAGGAAGAUUAAUUUUUGUAGUCUCAGUUGGUAACAUUUAUAAUCUACCAUGCUACAAGGUCUGCAUUACUGUUUAAUGACACAGCUGAUUAAAACAGCAGUGCAUGGAUUCAACUGUCAGCAUGCAAGUCGACUCUGGUUCUUCUCCAAUAAUGAUGACUGAUGUGCUCUGUUGCUGUUUUAAUAAGCUAAGGUGAGAUAAAUACAUGGUUUGUGGCUUUCCAGUUAUCGAUUUGUGUUUUCCUCCAGCUUUACCUGAA